UGGUCAGGCUGGGUCAUGUGCAGUGACGCAGGGUUCGAUGACCUUCCGGUGUGUGCUGACCCAGGAGUUCCUGAGAACGGCUUCAGGACACCCGGUGGAGGGCUUUUCCUUGAAAGGUCUGUCACCCAGUUUCACUGCCAAGAUGGGUUCACGCUCCAGGGCCCUACAAAGAGGCUGUGUGUGAGACAUCUCAAUGGAACCCUCGGCUGGAUCCCCAGUGAUAAGCCCUUCUGUGCACAAGAAGAUUGCCGUAUCCCUCAAAUCGACGAUGCUGAGAUUCAUAACAGGACAUACAGACACGGAGACAAGCUGAUCGUCACCUGUCACGAGGGAUUCAAGAUCCGCUACCCUGAUCUGUACAACAUGGUUUCUCUGUGCCGUGAUGACGGGACGUGGGACAACCUGCCGCUCUGUCAAGGCUGCCUGAGACCUCUUGCCUCUUCCAAUGGCUACGCGAACAUCUCCGAGUUGCAGACCUCCUUCCCCGUGGGGACGGUCAUCUCCUACCACUGCUUCCCUGGGUACAAGUUGGAGGGGGCCGAGCACCUCGAGUGCCUACACAGCCUCAUCUGGUCGACCAGCCCACCCCGGUGCCUUGCUCUGGAAGUGUGCCCGCUGCCUCCAACAGUGACUCAUGGUGAUUUCGUCUGCCACCCGCGGCCCUGUGAGCGCUACAGCCACGGGACUGUGGUGGAGUUCUCUUGCGACGCCGGCUACAGCCUCACCAGCGACUACAAGUACAUCACUUGCCAGUACGGGCAGUGGUUCCCCUCCUACCAGGUCUACUGCAUCCAGUCAGAGCAAACAUGGCCCAGCGCCCAUGAGACCCUCCUGACUACGUGGAAGAUCGUGGCAUUCACGGCAACCAGCGUGCUGCUGGUGCUGCUGCUCGUCAUCCUGGCCAGGAUGUUCCAGACCAAAUUCAAGGCCCACUUCCCCACUAGAAGAGCAGUUCGCCAGGAAGCAAGUACACCAGCUCCUCCGCGACAACAGGGCCGUCACCAUAGCUGCUUGCCGGCCUCGUUCCUGGGAGAAGACGUUGCCGGGAGAGCCAGCAAUGAGUGUGUGGCCAUCCGGAGGCGGAUGGCAGUGCCCUGGCCACCCUCCCUGACACCAGCUGCCUCCAGCCACCUCCCUCCAACGGAGUCCAGAGCGUCUUGGGGCUCCUGUGCCCUUGCUGGCCUCCCCUCGGGGAAUUCUCACUUCCAGAAAACAUGUGUCUUCGCACACGGGACACUGUCACCCCCAGAGCUGUGCGUGCCACCCAUCAAAGGGGGCGCUGGUAGUGGAGAAGGAGUCUCUGAUGAAUCACCUCCCUCCCUUGCCUCCAGGGGAGUCCGGGACAGUCACUCCUGCUCUUCGUCCCCAAGAGGGGCUUCAGGGCACCCGUUCCACAAGGGGUCUGUAAAGUGA